GUACCCAAAUGGGUCCACGAAGUUAUUCGGCCGAUAGCAGCGGAAUUGGAGUUCCUUAUGCCGCAACCCUUUGUGGGGGAAAUCCUGGGACUUUGCAAAGCACUGGGAAUAAGUCUUGGAGAUGGAGUUCUGCUUAACUUUGCCUACGAAUCUACCGCGUUCUGUACUAGUAUUGUCGCUCAGGAUGACAAAGGAAACAUUUACCACGGUCGGAACCUGGAUUACGGUUUUGUCGAUAUAUUAAGCAAGAUUACAAUUGACGUGCGGUUUAUAAAAAGCGGGCAGAUAGCGUAUCAAGGCACCACGUUUCUUGGUUACGUAGGCUUAUGGACUGGACAAAGUCCGCACAAGUUCACAAUCUCCGGUGAUGAACGAGAGGGUGGUAGGUGGUGGGAAAAUGCAAUAGCUGCUUUUCUGAAUCGGAAUUACCCCGUCAGCUGGCUUGUCCGAGACACCCUGAGCAGAGCAGAGGACUUUCAGUCAGCUGUUCUCAGACUAGCGGGCAUUCCCAUCAUUGCUGAAGUUUACUAUAUUGUAGGAGGUGUAUCGCCCAAAGAAGGCAUGGUCAUAACGAGGAAUAGAAGAGGGCCAGCAGAUCUCUGGCCUCUCGAUCCUUUAAGUGGAGCGUGGUUUCGUGUGGAGACAAAUUACGACCAUUGGACUACUCCUCCUCCUUGUGAUGAUCGAAGAACUCCAGCCAUCAAAGCUCUCAAUGCUACCGGACAGCAGAACAUCAAUUUUGAUACGCUCUUUAAGGUGUUGUCAGUGAAGCCAGUCUUAAACAAUAACACCGUGUAUACGACAGUAAUGAGCGCUGCGCUUCCAGAUAAGUACCAGACAUGGAUCAGAACUGUGAAGUGA